AUGGAUUUAGAAGAACAAUAGAGAAUAUUAUCACCUAAUCAUCAACUUUUAAUUAAUGAAAUAUUGUAAACUCAUUAAUUUCAAUCAGUUUAUAAAAUGUGUCAUAAAAUUGAUAAUAGUCUAUUCAAGAAUUGUAGUUAACCAUUAAUGAAUAUAAAAAAUUAGAUUUAGAAGAUAUAGAAACAUAAUUAUAGCUUUUAGGAUGUUAAAUAAUAAAAAGUAUUAAACAUUAUGAAUGAGUAAUUGAAGACUGAAAAUAUUAGAUAAGAAAUGAUAGAUUUGAUUUUAGAAAAAAAACCAUUCCCUAAAAUAUUUUAGUUUAUAGAAUUAAAUAAUAUGAAUCAGUUUGAAAUCAUCUACUGCGAGAAAUUAUAAAAAUAUUUAAUUGAAGCACAAUUUCAUCAUCAAUAUAUAAAUAUUGCCAGUUUUUAAUUUGAUAGUAAGUAAUAAAUUAAUUCAAAUUGCAAUGACAAAGAAAUAAUAAUUGAAACUAUAGAAUUACUUAAUUAAAAUAUGCAUCAAAUUAUUAAUCUUCAAAUUAUGAAGAUAAAUGACUAUUAUUGGAUUAGAAAUAUAUUUUAAAAAUAAUAAUCAAAAUAAUUCAAAGGAUUAAAUGAAAUUAUUAGUUAAAAAAUGGAAUAUUUAUAUGAAUCAAUUCAAAAUCACUUAAUAGUAUUAUAAAAUAAUAGAAAUAGAUAAAUAAAAUAACCCUUUAUUAUUUAUGAAAUUAUGAAAAUCUUACUUUACUUUGCUAAUCAAAAAGAUAUGAUUAUUCCUGAUCUUUUACUAAAUUUGGGUUAUAAAUCUAAAUAUGAUUAAUUCAAUUUCAAAUAUAGGUAAAUCAUAUGUCAUUCUAAUCUAACAUUUUUAAAUUAAUUAAUUGAAUUACCAGAAUUAAAAGAUAUUGUUCAUAUAUUAAAUAUUCCUGAUAAUAUGUAAGGUGAGUAAUAACAUAAGGAAUAUUAAGAAUAUUAUAUACAUGAAAUAUACUCCUUUUUUAGAUUUAUUAAGUAUAUAACAAUUGACGAAGUUAUUUUAACUUAAUUAUAAAUAUUAUUUAAGAAAUUAAAUGAUUAUAGAGAAAAAUUAACAAUCAUAUAUGAUAAUUAAUAAUUCAAAGGAUUAAUAUCUCGUUUAAAAUUACUUUAUAAAUCAGAAAUUAAUAGUUAAUAAUAACCUGAUAAUGAAAAAUUUAAUAAAACAUAAAUUAAUUAUAUUUUGAUUGUUUAAUUACUUUCAGAAAUCAAAAUAUUUACAUUAACUACUUAAAAUAAUAAAAUUGAUGAUGAAUAAAUAUAAAAGAUGUAAAAUUAUAAUGAUGCAAGUGAUUUUGAUGAUGAUAAUGAAGAAUUUAAAAUAUUUUAGUAAGAAAUUUAAAAAACUGUUUGGAGUCCUAAAGAUUAUAAAUAUGUUAACAUCUUUAAAUACUUUAUUAAUUAGAUGAAUUUGUAUAAAAUACCAUUUCCUACUCUUCUUACUAUUGUUUAAUUUUAUAAUUAUAAAUUUACAAUUAAUUGUAUUAAGACAACUUAAGAAGAAUUACAUAAAAAUUAAUAAUACAUUCGAUUUUUAUUUAGAUUAUUGGCUAAACAUUUUAAAAGAGAUUAGAAGAUAUCUUUAAGAGAAUAACUUGUAAAUUUAUAAGUAGAUAAAAUUAUUAAAUGGCCUAAAUGUAUAUAACAAUAAACUAUUUUGAUAAAUGAAAAUAAACAUUUAUUAAAAGAUGAAUUAAAAGAAAUUAUGAAAAAUAAAUGCUUUUAAAAGUUUUAUACAGAAAUGAUAGAAGCUAAUGAAACAAAUGAAUUGAGAAAAGAAAUCUUAGAAAAUUUAAAUGAUAUUUUUAAUUAUAUGCAAACUAUAUAAUGA